AUGACUAACAUAGGAUUUUUACUAUUCUUAUUCGCUCUCUGUGGUUGUGCAGUCGUCGUCACAACUCUCAUUGGUGGAUUAUGGUUCAUCUGUUUUUAUUUACAACCUGGUCGUCAUCCACCUAUAAAACGUAUGCCAUUUUAUCGUGAACAAUUUGAAAAAGAUCGUGAUCCAACAAAUAUUUUAGAUGAUGAUUUGCCACCGAUUAAAAAAAUAUACGAACAGCAACAAAUGAGAAAUAAUCAUCCAAAAAAUGGUCAAAGUAAAACUCAUAGUUGUCAUCAAUAUUAG